AUGGACUACAUAAGAGACUUCGACGUUCAGCUGGAAAAGGAUUAUUACUAUGCUGGGGAAACUAUUAAAGGAAAUGUAGUUUUGGACACAAUAGAAAACUUCAAACUCAGAACUGUAAGGGUUAUUUUGAGAGGUAAAGCACAUGCCGAAUGGAAAGUACUAGUAUCUGGUGAACGACGAACGGUAAAAGACGAUCAAGUGUUUGUCGACGAACGGCACACGAUCUGGGGUGAAAAUAACUUAGACUCAACAGUACCUAUUCUUCCUAGAGGUGUGCACAGGUUUCCUUUCAAAUUUUCCUUACCAGAAAGUAGUUUACCGUGUUCCUUUGAAAGUAGAUUUUGCUACAUUCGAUAUUUUUUCAAAGUUACUGUUGAUAUUCCAUACGCCAGUCCUCCGCAAUGUAUCCAAUAUUUUACUGUUGUUGGUCCACAUAUAGACUGUAUGGAAGAACAAUAUCUGAAACCAGUCGCAUUAGAAAACCGAAAAUCCACAUGUUGUUGGUGCUGUAAAAAAGGCACCAUCAGCUUGAGGUGCGUCAUAGCACGAACUGCCUAUGUUUGUAAAGAAAGUGUUAAGCUCAAAGUGUCAAUUGACAAUCAAAGUGAUGACGAAGUUAAACUUAGAGUGAAAUUAGAACAAGUCUGUGAAUUUUUUAUAAAUAAGGGCGUUUUGGGGGCCAGCAAAGAUUUGAAACACUUAAUAUUUGAAUAUGGGGGAUGUCAUGUAAAACCGCACGCCAAAAGUAAAUGGGACAGCUCUAACUAUUUAGUUAUACCACCAUUGCCUACUACUCUUGUACAUAUAUGUCGAUUGGUGCAAAUCUACUAUUUACUAACUGUGUAUCUUGACACAGACAAGGACUACAACAUACUACAAGUUAGCUGCCCAAUAACGAUAGGUACAGUGCCAUUUAGGAUUCCUAACUCGAAUAAAACACAAGUCAUCAAAUACGAAAAUGCUUGUCCUGUGGUGGAAGGUGGUAUGUACUUAGCGCCAGAAUUUUUAUUGGGACAAGUGUAUGAUGGGAAUGAACAUCAUCUGAAGUGA